CUGCUUUUGCAACUCACUGCCACAUUCCUCACGCAGCCCUAAGAGUGAGGUCAUCAUGCCUUCGAUUGACGUCUCCGAUUACGUGCUGGAGGCUCCGAAGAAGGAGAAGAAGAUGAGAAAGUCGAAAAAGGAGGAGGAGCUCAUAACCGACUCUCCGAUUAGUAAGAGCUCCUCUAAGAAGGAGUCAAAGCUGAAGAAGCGGAAGGCUGUUGAUAUGGACGAAGAGGACAGGAGCGACACCAGCUCCGAGCUCGGCGACCCCGUCAAUCUCAAGCCCAACGGCGAUUCCAACGGCGCGGUGGAGAAGAGCAAGAAGAAAUCCAAGAAGGUCAAGCUCGAUGCGGCGGCGGCGGCGGAGGAGGAAGAGGUGGUGGUCAAGGCUGCGGUGAAGGUGGACGAUCCGAACGCGGUGAUGAAGUUCCGGAUUUCGCCGCCGUUGAGGGCUAAGCUGAAGGAGAAGGGGAUCGAGGCGUUGUUUUCCAUUCAGGCCAUGACCUUCGACACCAUUUUGGACGGGUCGGACCUCGUCGGCCGGGCUCGCACCGGUCAGGGCAAAACUCUGGCGUUUGUGUUGCCGAUUUUGGAGUCGUUGACAAACGGCUCUGCUGAGGGGGUUAGGAGGACCGGAUACGGCAGAGCGCCGAGUGUUAUUGUGCUUUUACCCACUAGGGAGCUCGCCAAGCAGGUCUAUGCGGACUUCGAGUUUUAUGGCGGCGCCGUGGGGUUGUCAUCGUGCUGUGUGUAUGGUGGAUCUCCGUACGCGGCUCAGGAACAUAAGUUGAAGAGAGGGGUUGAUAUCAUUGUGGGAACACCUGGUCGUAUCAAGGAUCAUAUUGAGAGGGGGAACAUAGACUUGAGCAUUUUGAAGUUCCGGGUGCUUGAUGAAGCUGAUGAAAUGUUGAGGAUGGGUUUUGUUGAUGACGUUGAACAAAUUCUUGGCAAGGUCAAAGAUGUAACUAAAGUUCAAACACUUCUCUUCAGCGCAACCUUGCCCUCUUGGGUGCAAAAUAUUUCUAAAAGGUUCCUUAAAUCAGAUAAGAAAACUGCAGAUCUGGUUGGUAAUGAAAAGAUGAAGGCCAGCAUCAAUGUUAGGCAUAUUGUUCUUCCCUGCUCUAGUUCAGCUAGAGUAGACGUUAUUCCUGAUAUCAUUAGUUGUUAUAGCAGUGGAGGUCGCACUAUUAUCUUCACCGAGACAAAGGAUUGUGCUUCUGAACUUUCUGAGAGGUUGCAAGGAGCAAGACCUUUGCAUGGUGACAUACAACAAGGUCAACGGGAGGUUACCCUUGCAGGUUUCAGGUCUGGCAAAUUCUCUACAUUAGUAGCCACAAAUGUGGCAGCUCGUGGACUGGAUAUCAAUGAUGUUCAGUUAAUUAUUCAGUGUGAACCUCCACGUGAUGUAGAAGACUACAUUCAUCGUUCUGGACGCACUGGGAGAGCAGGCAAUAGUGGAGUUGCUGUAAUGCUUUAUGACCCAAGAAAGUCAAACAUAUCUAAGAUCGAAAAAGAGUCGGGGGUAAAAUUUGAGCAUGUUUCUGCACCUCAGCCAAUUGAUGUUGCCAAGGCAGCAGGUCUUAAUGCAGUAGAAAUGAUCACUAGUGUCUCUGAUAGUGUAAUUCCUGCAUUCAAGAAUGUUGCUGAGGAGCUUCUGAACACCUCAGGCAUAUCAGCAGUAGAUCUACUGUCCAAGGCUCUUGCAAAGAUUGCUGGCUACACUGAUGUGAAGAAGAGGUCACUUCUGAGUUCUAUGGAGAACCACGUCACCAUACUGCUUGAGGCCGGAAAGCCCAUUUACUCAGCAUCUUUUGCUUAUUCGGCCUUGAGGAGGUUCUUGCCUGAGGAUAAGGUUGAGUCGGUGAAGGGUAUGGCACUAACAACUGAUGGGAGGGGUGCAGUGUUCGAUGUAGCUGCUGAAGAUUUGGAUACGUUUCUUAAUGGCUCACAAAAUGCAGCUGGUAUCAGCAUACAGGUGUUGGACUCUUUGCCAAGUUUACAAGAAAAGGAAGCAAGGGGUGGAACUAGGUUUGGUAGCCGUUUUGGUAGUAGGUUUCCUCAAAGAGGAGGAGGAGGCAGGGGUGGUGGAAGAAAUGAUAGGUUUGGCGGUGGGAGAGGCCGUGGCAGCCACAACAGAUGGUGAUCACGCAGCAUUUAGUCAUCAAGUAACUUGUUCUAAGCCCGACGAUCAUCAUACUAUUGUGUUCAGAUGCAUAUUCUGUCCACCCUGAUGAUAUCUAUUUCACUUGUUACUGGUUUCUGGUUGUUUAGUAGUGUUUGUAUUUUUUAUUACUAAGACUGGGAUUUUCCUGUUUCCCCACAUUCUCUUAUGUAUGAUCACUUUUUACUGCAGUAAAUCUGAAUGAUAUUCAUAA